AUGGCAAGAUCAUCAACUAAUUUCAAAACAAAUAUCAAUGAAAAUGGCAAUACACAUAGGCAAAUAUAUGGAAAUUUUUAUGCUAGUACUACGAAUAUUUUGAAUGAUCGUGGUUUACAUGAUGACAAUUUUGUUAAUGAGGAUGAUGAAGACGACAAUAAUAUUGUGAAGCAAGAUUAUGAUAUAGAUAGUAUUUAUGUUGCAGAACGACCGAUAGAAGAUGACUUAGAUGCGAUCAGUGAUGAUAAUGAAGACAACAGCGAUAUGGACAAUAUGGAAAUAGAUGACGAACUAUUGGUAGCGGCAAUGAAAAAUUCUUCAACAUCCAACAGAACUAAGUCUAUCGAAGAGCAUGCUCUAUCACAAAAAUUGAGUCAAUUGUCGACGUCUGUAAACAAUGAACAGAAGAAAGAAUCUAACAAGAAAGUACCAAAAAAAGUUGAAAUAGACGGGUUAAAACAAAUUCCCAAGUAUCUUAUGAAAAGUGACAAAUCAUUUGAAAAUAUGCUGACUACAGUACUGGUAAGAAAUACAGCAACAGCUACAUUAUCACCGAAUAAACUCGACAAUUAUCGGGCAAUAGCUAUUUUGAUUCAUCGAAUCAAGUACAUAGAGAUUUUAUAUUCUCUUUGGAAAGUGUAUUUACAAUCGGGCUUAGGUCAAUUGAAAUCUCAUUAUACUCGCAAUGAACCAGGUCCACAAUUAUGGGUAAAACCUGUUCAAUCUAUGGUUAAAGUGACUGUGCGUUCAGGAACUGAAGAACAUCAAGCUUGUUUGGCCUAUGUCGAAAGGCGUCUAGAUGAUUUAAAUAAAGCUAGACUAAAAUCUUAUGCUGAUCUACAGAUUCAAAAAAUUUGUUUGCCUCCUAACUCAAUCAUAAUACAACAAGCCAUUGAAAAAUUCAUCGAAGAUAAUCUUAUUUGUCUACGUAAGAAAAUCGAAUAUAAAAUACAACUCGUACAAUAUGAUUUUGAUGAGCGAAUCUUGCAACUGGACUAUCUUAAACAGAAUCCAACUGAAGCUCAAAUACAAUUAGCAGAAGAAUUUUGUACUGCUAAGCAACAACAGGAACUGACUAAAUGUACAUUGGAACUUCUCGAAAAACAAAUUACUCAUUAUAUGUCUUCGUUUAAUUUCGAUCAUCUACCUAUUGCUCAUGUUCCUUUAUUUGAUUCGAUUCGUAAUAUUGAUAUACAACAACAAUUCUAUGCUCAAUAUAGGCAAGUGAUAGAAGAAACCAAAACGGAUAUGUUGACUCUCUAUACUCAAUCAGCUAGCGAACAAAAGAAACGUUAUCAAAAUCAAUACAAUGAUAACAAAAAAGAAAUGCGGCAAGAUCAACGUUUUCUUCUCUAUGAACAAAACUUAACUAUGAAAAUGAUUGAAUUGAUCGAACAAUGUACUCAUAUUAUUGAAGAACGACUCAAAUGUAUUCAUCAUUUUAAACUUCAAACUCUUUCUAUUCAAUCAUAG